AUGUCUGAAAAUAAUUUUCUUGAUGGCUGCAGAUAUGUUUAUAUUGAUCUGGGAACCAAUAUUGGUGUACAAAUUCGAAAACUUUAUGAACCACAUUUAUAUCCAGGUGCACCUAUUCUUCAACAUUUUAAAAAUAUCUUUGGAAAUAAUUUUAAUGAAGUUUGUUCAGUUGGAUUUGAAGCAAAUCCUGUACAUAAUAGUUAUUUAACAGAAUUUGAAAACUAUUGUUUAGCACGAAAAUGGCGUGUGAAGAUUUUUAAAUCAACUGCUGUUAGUUAUGUAGAUAAAAAUCUUACUUUUUAUAUUAACCCUGGAGAUAACCAAAAUAAUCAAUGGGAUGCAAGUUUAAUAGAGGGUGGUAAGAAACUAAAUGUUACUGUACCAGGUAUUGAUAUCACAUCUUGGUUUAAAAGAACAGUUCUAAUUCGGAAAAUACCAUCUGGAAUUAUGCCACCAAAAGUAAUGAUGAAAACUGAUAUUGAAGGACAUGAUUCAGCAGUUUUAGCAAAUCUCAUAUUUAGUGGAGCUUAUUGUUCUAUUGAUCUUAUUUAUGGUGAACAUUUCAAUAAUGAAUUUCAACAAGCAAUUUCACUAUUGAAAAAAGAUUCGAAUACAUGUAAAACGGAAUUAAUUUCUUUGGAUGACGAAUUAUACUAUUUGCAUAGAUUUCCGUUUAUAUUACCGGUUCAGCAGGUCAAUUUCUGA